CGUUGAGCCCCGGGCGGAGCUUGCAUGUUGAACUUGUUACUGUGUCUGCAGUGAUAUCAUAACACUGCAACAUGAAGACGCGCUCUUAUGACCGCCACCCGUCUCCAUCUCUGGGUAAGACACAGGUGCUGUAACUGGGGCAAAAGGAAGGCAUGAGGAAUAAAAGGAGGAGGAAGGAUGCCAGCUGAGCCCUUCAUCCGCUUGCAACUGCCACCGCUGCCAGCGUCAAACUAAAAGAAACACAGAAAAUGGCUCAGUCUGUGAGGAGGCCCGAGACUCUAGGAGCAAUGGACCACGAGCCCCAGAGGGACAAGACCAGGGCGAGCUACUUUGGCAACGUCAAGACCAGGCUGGGUGCCAAGCUCCCCCCUGGCGUCUCUCAGCCUCCGCAGUUCGCUAAGCGGCCCUGGGAGACUCAACCUCAGGCCCGAGUGAUGGCGGAGCCCACAGCCAGCAGCCAGCGUCAGAACCAACCCAUCGUGGGCCGACCUCUCAACCACAUCCCCCACAUCAGAAACCCCAAACUGCGGCAGUACUACCUGCAAGGGACUUCGUGGGAUCUUAACAAUACUGCAUUGAAGCAAGAGCAUACGCGUGGACCGUCAGAUGACAGCACAAGCAGCAGGGGUCUCCCCGGAGACACGGUGUUCAGCGUUUCAUCUCAGUAUAACAGUAUCGGUGCAUCCUCAGGAGAAGAGGGCAAAAUGAGUCACUGUCCCUCCCGAUCCUCGUCAAAUUUACCCGCACUGUCUGCUGCCCUCAUCCCCAGAGAGCAGCUGGUCGUCCCAAAGGGAAAAAACACUUCUACCGGUCGAGGAUUGUCUCAGCCAGAAUUGGACUCUGACUCUGAUCCGAACCUGCAGGAGGUCGAGGCGGAUCCAGACUCUUUGGAUACACUCGCUGCUCAACCUCAGUCCCCCUCACCAGAGGCAGAAUAUGACAAACUACUGGAUGUGGAGGCGGUGCCGAUGCCCGAUGGACAGCUCUGCUUAUUGGCUCUGCCACCGGAGUGUUGUCAGGGCGAGGGACCAGAGGCCAUGCAGUACCUCAAACUGUUUUGUCGCUACAUCACAGACCGUAAGGGUGUGGUUUCAGGUAUCCUGUUGGUGACUUCUAAUAAGAUCUUCUUUGACCCGUGUAAGACACAUCCUCUGGUGAAGGAGCAUGGCUGUGAGGAAUACCUCCUGUCAUGCUCUGUUGAUAGUCUGGCAUCUGUCACCUUCUUCUCUGACAUCUCACACGUUCACUUCAACACGUCCCAGCAGAGGAAAAAGGGAAAGAAAAUUUUCCAAAAGUUGAAAAGCACUAAAAGGCGAGCAGGCGGCUUCCCAAACCAAAAGGGGGAGUCGGCUACAGCUCUGCAAUCUGUGGCUCCAUCAGAGUUGACCAAUCUGGCUCUGAGCCUGACUAAAGAGGUUUCUGGGGAGGAAGAGGAGGCAGAGAGCAGAGACAUGGCAGAGGCUGAGUGCGAGCUUGAUAGCAGCCCGAUAGAGGUGCUGUCAGAGGCGUCUGUAGGCAGCCUGAGCGUGGCUGUCCUGAGCAGUGCUGCCACCUUCUGCUGCGGAGGUCAAGAGGCAGCGAGUAAGCUGCUGCACUCUGAUGAAACAGUGAAGCCCUCUGUUAAGAGUGAGACUGCAGUGCCUCAUAGAUCAUCAUCUGGCGGUCCCGGGAGUCUGAUGUUUGUGCGGCUGCGGGUUCAGCCGUCUGCAGGAAAGAAAAAGCUGGGGACGGCCAAAACUUUACCCAGAAGAGAUUCCUGGCUUGCCCUUUCACAAGACAGCUCUGACGAGCUGUAUGCCUACCUUACACACUGUCGACCAGACUUGUGUAUACUUGAAGGAGGGGAGGAGGAGAGGGAGGCGGACCGCGACGAAGAGGAGUUUGUGCUAAUCGAGGACAAGGAGGAGGAGGACGAGGACGAGGAGGAAGAGGUAUUCCAGAGGCUCCGCAACACAGGGGACGACUGGGAGAUGGUGUUGAUGGAAGAGAGUGGGGACAAGCCGACCCUGGUCAUGGACAGGGACCCUGAAGGACUCAAUAAUAUUGUGGAGAGCAGCCAUGUUUUAGAAGCUUCACAUGUCAGAGAGCUAUGUAAGGAGCUUCCCCCCAGUACAGUUGGCCGCACCUGGCAGCUGGCUUACAGUACGUCCCGUCACGGCGCCAGCCUCAAGUCCCUCUACAGAAGACUGAGUGCCACAGACUCCCCUGUGCUUAUUGUCAUCAAGGAUGCUCUUGACGAGAUAUUCGGCGCUUUCCUCUCUCACCCUCUGAGGCUCAGUGAGAAGUUCUACGGCACCGGAGAAACUUUCCUCUUCAUGUUGCAUCCUCGCUUCAAGUGCUUCAGAUGGACUGGAGAAAACUCCUUUUUUAUUAAAGGAGACUUGGACUCUUUUGCCAUUGGUGGAGGCAGUGGUCACUUUGGUCUGUGGGUGGAUGAGAAUUUAUACUUGGGUCGCAGCAGCCCCUGCUACACCUUCAAUAACUGUUGCCUCUCAGAAACCGACGACUUCCGAAUCAUGGAGCUGGAGGUGUGGACGUUCGGCUGAAGACGCAGAGUGGUCGCGGAGUUUCUCUUUGACUCUUUGACUCACUUCGUCCCCAGCUCAGCUUUAUCAAGACAGCAUUUAUCACUGAGCAAAAAACAAACACAGCUGCUCAUUCAUUUCAUGGUAACGUCCAUGUGAAAAAAAAAAAAUGAAGAAAAAAAAAUCAACCACAAACUGCUGGAUUUGUCAGUGUGAUUAAGUGCUGUGGAUCUUAGUGAACUGAAAUGACCAGAAAAAGGCUGAUCUCGAGCAUCAUGGGGUUGACUCAUUCCUGUGGGCUUGGCAACCAGACUUGAGUUCGACUGAAGCGAGUAGAGCUGAACUGUUAUGAACCGGGAUUCCUUUGAGUCCUCAUUUUCGAAUGGAGUGUGUUACAAGUCUCAGAGACUGCACUUUGCUUUUAAAUGUGAAUCAGUAACGUCACGAUAUCUCACCAUUUAUCAUGUGAACAUGUAGAUCUGUCCUCAGAGGUAAUGCAUGCCCCCCACUUUUAUAUAACCGUGUUCAGUUAAUGCUGGAAGUUUGAAACACACAUUAGUCUUCUCCUUCUUCUAAUGAAUAGGAUAAAAGCUGCACGUGCAGAGCCCACAGUCCCACAAAUACAAGUUCCCUUUGUCAGACACUAAUCAUUUUUACGGGUUUUCACCGAUUUGUGACAAAGACGGCAGAAACGAAUACUGAAAAUUCAUCACACUUGAAGAACAUCUGCUCUUGCAAUGAAUCAAUGAAUUCUUGACUAUUCGAGUGCUGCCUCGUGCACCACUGCAGUGUCUGAAUGUGAAUGAAAAAGCUCAAGAAGGACUUCCAAUUAAUGCAGUUUCGUCAUUCAACUGUAUCCGUGACAUGCUCUCACUCCGAAAGAGCAAUCUACUUUGCUUACAUUGUACAGUACUGUAGAUUAGUUAAUAAAAAUCAGCACAAAGUCAAAAUGUUAAAUAAA